AUGGCGCCCGAAACACCACGAGCAGUCUCUUCGAGACUUCUUACUAUGAAGUUUAUGCAACGGGCAGUAGCCUCAGAAAACUCGUCUCCGGAUUCAGAAACACAUUCAUCCAAGAAAAGAAAGACUGGACAUUCCCCAGCGGCGGGUCGCCUUGACCUGAACAUUGACCAGGCUGCAAUCAAGGCUGCUCUCGAUGCACAAGAAACUAAACGACAAGAGGCUCUGGAGAAGCAUGUUGGGGCCGACACCCAUUGGGUCCUUGACAGCCCAUUUGCUGGGUUGAAAGCUGCAAAUCAGACCAAAGCACCUCUCAAUGUCGUGUAUGUUGGGUAUGGUGAUAUGGAUUCAUCUAACGACUCAGGCGAUAAUGAGGAUGUGCCGAGAAACGGGCGUACUUCGACAAAUAGCUUCAAGAAGACGGCGAACCAGGCAUGUCGAUCACUACCUCAUGCUAAACAAGAAUCCCAGAAGACAUCAGACAACGACAGCGAUAGCGACAGCGAAGAUGAGGACUCAGACGAUGACAAUAAUGCGCCGGCGCAUGGACGAAAGCGGAAGCAAUCCAGUGACAGCCCAAGCCGUUCACGCUCCCGUUCCCGUUCACGGCCAACUGCAGAGAGUACCAAGGCCAAAGAAUUCCGGGAUAAGAGAAAGAAAAAGGAGGUGAAGCUCAGCAAGCCAACGUCAAUAUCCUCCGGUGGUGGCAUUUCCUCAGGAGGCGGGAGCCAGUUCUCUCCUGCUGGAAAAGCCAUGACCUGCUACAAGUGCCACCAGACUGGUCACAAAGCUGUCGACUGUCCUAAGAGGGGCCAAAUGGCCUACAUGUAA